UUUCACGGCUUCCGGCGGCAGCGGGCGGUUCCGGCUUGCGCCCGGGGCGGCGGCACGCGGCAGGAAACCGUUGGGGUUUGCUUUGGCCGUGGUGGACGCGGCCUUGGACACCAUGCAGCUGACCGUUAAGGCGCUCCAGGGCCGGGAGUGCAGCCUUCAGGUGUCGGAGGACGAACUAGUGUCUACACUGAAGCACCUGGUCUCGGAUAAGCUGAAUGUCCCCGUACGCCAGCAACGUCUGCUGUUCAAGGGCAAGGCCCUAGCAGAUGAGAAACGACUGUCAGAUUACAGCAUUGGGCCCAAUUCUAAACUCAACCUAGUUGUUAAGCCUUUGGAGAAGGUGCUCCUGGAAGAAGGGUCAGCCCACAGACUGGUCGACUCCCCACCCCCACCCAUCUGGCAGCUGAUCUCCAAAGUCCUGGCCCGCCACUUCAGUGUAGCAGAUGCCAGCAGGGUCCUGGAACAACUACAGAGGGAUUAUGACAGGUCCCUGAGCCGGCUAACACUGGAUGACAUCGAACGUUUGGCCAGCCGCUUUCUACACCCCGAAGUGACUGAGGCUAUGGAAAAGGGGUUCUCCAAAUAGCAUUCUGGGAUUGUGGGGAGAAAUCCCAGGUCAGGCCACAGCUGCAUGUUGCAUUAAAUGUGUUCUCAUGUCGCAGUUUGGCUCAUAGUGAUAAUAAUAGCUGGUGUGUACCCAGCUCUUGCUAGGUGCUUGGUACUACUCAAAGUACAUGGCCUGAGUUGUCUUCUGCCUCGCACAGAAGAGUUGAGGCUGCACCGUAGAGACACCUAGCAAUGGCUUGGGACAGCCAGAGUCCAAGUCUAGCCAGCCUGUAGAAGUGCCUCUGUAGGAGAAAGAGUGUGCUGUUUUGAGAGAUGGGCCUUAGCAUUCCCAUUUAGCGCACUCAGCAUACAAUCUCAAAUGACUCCCUCAGGAAGGUGAUAGUUCCUGUCACCUAUACUCUAGUGUGUCUGGCAUAACCCUUGGCAAAUGUCUAUAGGAAGCCAAGUGGUAGCUAUCCAGGGCCCCUCUGCUGCUGCAGCCAGUGUGCUCUUGAUGUCGACAAGCAGGUUAGUGGCUGGAAGAUCAGAAAGAUACCCCAGCCUUGUAUGACUUGAGACAAGUUUCUGUGCCACUCUGGUCCCCAGCCAUUGAGUCUGUUCUGUGAUGGCUACUUCUCUGACCUGAAUAAGUUUCCUUCCCCCUUCCUCAGCUCACGGUGGGAGUCCCUGCUGUCAUCACCUACAGUUCCACCUUGUGUUCAGUAAGCAAACUGAAGCCAAAAGUGAAGCGAUAGCCAAGCAUGGGCCACAGAUGGAGUACCCUGGGCCUUCGAGACGUAGCUCUUCUUGGGAGCAUCCUAUCUGCUUGGCUCCUGGAAGUGGGUCUCACCCAUGAGGGACAACAGGUGACUCAGCAAGGCAGUGUCACAACUAGGACUCUGCCUUGGUCCCCUCACCCACAGCAUGAGAAGGAUGUUUCCUAUGCCACCUGUGUUCAGGGGCUUUUACUUUGCACACCUUCAAUUGUAAGAAACUCAGGGUGCUGAGGAGGAGAUAGAAAUGUAAGGUAAAGGCAGUAAUUUCUCUUUUCACUGUACCUAUGCCUGGGUGCUAAAGGCCAUGAAAGUACCAGCUCCUUUGAGGGGGAACCCCUGGGAGCAAUCAAGGCUGGAAUAUGCCACCUGGAGGAAACGUCCUGUCCCUCCACUUUUGCCAAGAAAGCCACUCUACUUUGAAUGUUGUUGGGGCUACACAUGCCUUUCUUGCCCAAGGACCCCCUUCGUGGGCCUUGUAGGACAAAUCUUGAGUCCCCGCACUGGAAUGAUAAAGUGAGGCCAAAGGGGAUGAACAGGUGACAGACCCUGGUCCUCCCUGAGUCCUGGGCUACCAUAUCAGGGACCUGCUUGUGAGCACUGGCAUAUGGACUGGCAGCUCAGAUAAUAAGCUUACCAAUGUCCUUGUUCACUUUGAGUCAGGGUAUAUGUUUGGAAAAGUAAAUAACACUAAAGGUGCAUGUGAGACCAAAAGGAACAUUAUUAAUAGCUAGACUGCUUUUGGUUUCCAAUAAUUGUUUUAAUAACACAGGAAACUUAAUGGCUUAUAAAACUGAAAAAGCCCAGGAGUACUGGCAGUGAUGAACAAUUUCACCAAACAUCCAGCUUUUUUCUGCCUCCCUCUGAGUUCUCCAGGAUCUGCUUCCUCCUCACCACCACUUCCAAGGAUCGAAGGGUGGCUGCCUGCAGCUCCAUCAAAACCCUUCGUUCGCUGCCAGCAAGGAGCACUUUCUCUCUGUAGCAUAGCUUCCGUCUCAGAUGCCCCAGCAAAUAAAUGCUGUCUCUUACUGGUCAGAA